AGAUCAUACUACUGUCAAGGCAUAUUCGCAAUCAUAGUUUAUCCAGGUUUUUUAACCGCUUUCGGUGCCGUGAAGUACAGGAGGUUAAACACAAUAAUUUUAGAAAUAUAUUACAUAACUGACACAGAAAACCAAAUAUUUUCAACCACAUUGACGAAACAGUGACGGCAUGAGCACGAUGACGUAAGAAGAUACGCUGUCCGUGUGAAAAAUCUAGAGCUUAUUGUUGACAAAUGGCAUAAAAGAAUUAUUGCUGGGCGGUGAUUGUUCAAGGUCUCAAGAUGUGGAGAUAAGAUAUUAGUCGCAGUAUCUACGGGACUGGACUGUUAAAUAAUAAGCUAUGUUGGGAGUAAAGCUUAUUAUUCUUGUAUUAUGAAGAUGACAUAAUAUUUUUGCGAGAAAAUGGGUCCCUACAAGAUACAACGGCUGGUCUAUAUCAUUGGAUUUUUGGAUCUUCUAGGAGUGAGCUUAAUUCUGCCUCUGAUUCUACCUAUGGUUAAGAACUUGGUUGAGUCUCACCUGGCUGCAGGUUGCAUCACUUCCCUCUAUGGGGGAAUCCAGUUAUUUUCAAGCCCAGCUGUGGAUCUAUUGGGUGCCAGCCUUAUCAUCCCUCUGAUCAUCUUACAAGUGCGAAGCCUUGGGCUCUCUCAUGUGGUGGGCGGGGCCAUUAACUCUGUGUAUGGUGUCCUGCAGCUGGUAACCUCACCAGCAGUGGGCCGAUGGAGUGAUGGAUGGGGGAGGCGGCCAGUCAUGCUGGUGUGCUUGAUUGCAACAGCUAUCAGUUACGUCAUUCUUGGAGCAUCUCAAUCUCUUCUGGUCAUCAUCAGUGGGAGAGUUAUGGCAGGAAUAUUCAAGCACAGUCAAACAGUGUGCAGAGCUCUCCUGGCAGAUGUGACGCCACCAGACGACAGAUCAAGAGUUUUUGGCAUUUUUAAUGCUGCAUCUAGCAUGGGGUUCAUUGUUGGGCCAAUGCUUGGAGGUCACCUCUCAGAACUUGAGAAUGGAUUUACCCUUGUCUGUAAUAUUGGUGCAUUGUUCUUUAUCCUGGACUUUGCAUUGUGUUGGUUGUUUGUCCCGAACGUUGAGCCAGCUCACUCACGGUCAUCUAAGGGCAUAUCAGAAGGCGAAACAGUCCUCCAGGCUUUCUCAUUUAUGAAAGACAUCGACUGGAAAGUGUUUGGAGAUAUUUUCCUUGUGCGAUUUUUCCUCAGCUUCUCGUCCUUGGUGUACAGAUCAAACUUUUCCCUUUUGAUCGAUCAGAAUUUUGGAGCUAGUCCUAAGGUUAUAGGCUACCUUAUAUCUUUCCAGGGCAUCAUCAGUGCUGUAGCAGGAUUCUUUACAGGCAAGGUAUCCAAAAUCUACCAGGACUCUCAGCGUGAACUUUUCCACAGCUCGGUUCUUCUUACACUAGCUCUGCUAGGGCUAACUUUAGCACCAUCUUUAACAUUACUGCUAGCGUGUCUCAUACCUCUGUGCGUUAGCUCUGCUGUGAUAAGAGUCAGCAGCUCAGCCAUCACCAUAGGGAGAUGUGAGCCUGACAAGGUGGGAUCAGUGACCGGUUUUGGCCAAAGCAUAGCCUCAGUAGCACGUAUGAUCACCCCUUUGAUAGCAGGUCUUACUCAAGAGAUUAGCAUAUAUGGUCCAGGAAUGACAGGCACUCUUUCUGCUGGAGUCGGGGCAGCACUUGCAGGAAUCAUUUCAUAUAGGCAGAAGUCCAAAGUGGAGUAACUGGCUGUUUUGUUUUAGCAGUUGUUAUUUUUUUAUUAUGAUAUUUUAAUGUUACAUGUGGGAAGUGUGUUUCUAUGUGGAUGGGACACCAGUAUCCUUUGUGUGAAGGUUGAUAUUCUGUACAGGACGCAAUCCAGAUAUUAUUAGUAAUGUUUGUAAGGUAAAUUUUUGGAUGGUAAGGAACAUCAAAAUGAAGAGUUUUGCUCUUAAAUAGGUAUUUGUUGAUCAUAUAAAAUUUGUUGAAAUAUUUUUAUGGUGCUUAAAUUUUUUAAAAGUUAAUUUACUAUUUUUUUUUUUUACUGUUUGUAUAAAUUUCAAAGUAUGUUAUUCAAGAUUGAUAUUUACAACAAUAUAUGCUACUUUUUCCUGACUGGAUAUGCAUUAUAUUCUAUGGAAGAAAAACCCACAAUACAAAAACUAGAUUUAUUGAAAAUGAGACUACAGUUUCGAAAUUCACCUGGAUCCCAGACCUGAGGAUGGAAUCCAGGUGGGUUUUGAAACUGUAGUCUCAUUUUCAAUAAAUCCAGUUUUUGUAUUGUUGGUAUUUCUUCCAUUGUACCAACACGGAAGAGUGUUUUGUAUACAUUAUAUUCUAUGAUAAAUAUUGUAACCUGAUAAAUUUCAAGUUCUGUAAUAGGCAGCUGAGAAGACUGGUUUACAUGAGAGCUAUUGCUUGCACAAGUUUUUUCCUAUGACAAGCCUUUAGGUUACAAACUUUUACAGUCCAGAUACACUACUGAACAAGAAUUAUGUUCCACUCAGUGGAUACUUUAUUAUAUUAACUCAGGUAAAUAUUUUAUUACUCUUAGUUUUAGAAGCUUGAAGUAUUGUUGUGUUUAAACAGUAGAUAAAUUUAUCAGGCAUACUAAGUUUCUAAUGUCAAAUUUUAUGGCCAGUGGAAUAUUGUUUUGAGACUGAAUGUACAGUUUUAUACUUGCUUUUCAGUUGAUAAUUUUUGGGCAUUAAAUAAUUAAAUAGUAUAGACUGCACUUAUAUAUGUAUGUGCUUAUGUAUUUAUGCUGAAAAAUCUAUGCCAUAUACAUAAUGGGAAAUUUAAGUAUAAUCCCUUCCACAGAUCCUGUUAAAUAACAUCCAUUUGUAACUAUUUUUUUCUAGUCACUGAAAAAGCUUUUUGUAAGACAUAGUUAGUUCUAUAAUUUCUCACCAGUUGGAAAAAUUAAAAUACUGACUGAAAGAAUUUUAAGUUUUCCAAUAAUAUGUUAACAGAAAUUAUAUUCUGAUUUAGAAGAAUCCUGAAUGGCAAGAUCUAAAGUGUGUCUGAAUGGGGUCUUGUGAACAUAUAGGUUGCAAUAUGUUCAGAUGGGUCAGAUUUAAAGAAAAAGAUCACUAUUAAGUGGGGAGGUUGAUAUUAUUUUAGAAAUAGACAUGCUCUGCCAGCAGGGCAGAAGAGAUGCUAUUAUUAUCCAAGUGGUAUUUUCUAUUGGUAUAAAAUAUUGUGAGUCAUACCAUAUGAUUGUUUUUCUGCAAUUGGGUAUCAAGGUUUCAUUCAGAGCUGCUUGUCUUGCUUGGCCAGACUUGUCAGGACUAGCAGGACAGUGAGUUAUUGUAUCUGCAACUGACAGAACAAAAAUAACCUUUGAUAACAGCAAUAAAGGGCCAACAAUAAAGUUACUGGUAACUACUAAUGUCUAAUGUUGUUGAUAGUGCAUGCAAUUAUCAUUGCUUGUAUACAAAUGCUAUUGUGACAUCAUCUCAUCGUACUCUCCUGGCGGUAAAGGUGGGUGAGAUGGAUGAGAUGAAUAACUUGUCCUGGAUGCUAAAAUUGGGAUUUUGAAUGGUAAAAACAUCUUGAGUCUUGAACACAGCAUUAGGUAUUAUGUCAACCACUCAAAGUAUUAAGAUGCAUUUACAUCUACAUGUUUUUGAAGUAAUUUAUUUGAAUCCACUUUUUAUCAUUAUGGUAAUAAAAGCUUUGCUUGUACUUUAUGUGGAUGGUUCAUAUUACAAGAAGCUUUGGGUGACUAUGGGUUGUGAGGCCUUUGCAAAUUACUGAAGUCACUGUUAGUGUUUCCAAGCACAGGAGAGGUGGAUAAUCACAGCCUUCUAUGGUGGUAGGGGGAUAGUACAAUAUCAGUGCAGGGAUCUUGUAAGUUCAUAUAAGUAAAAGCCAUUGGAGGAAGAACAAAUGUCAAAUAAUAAUGAUGAUUUUU